CGAUUCAAGUUUUUAACAUUCCUACCACAAGUCAACGUCUAUCCCACUUGCUCGAUCGAAGAACCCUAAUCGCAAAUCCAUAACUUUCUGUAUUCCUCGCAAUCACGGAGUUCCUGGUUUUUGUUGUCGGAGAUCGAACUUUUGAUUGCGGAACCUUUUUCGUUUUCUGUCGGAAUCAAGGAUGAAAGACGGCAAAUCAGCAAAGUUGAAUCACCAGCAGCAUAAUCACCAGAACCUUCACUUGUCUCCGUCGAAACUUGCGAAAUUGUUCGAUCCUGAUGCUUCAUGGGACAAGGAUCAAUUGGGAGAUGUGUUGCAUUGGAUUCGGCAAGUGUUGGGAUUGAUCUGCGGAUUGAUAUGGGGAGCCAUACCUCUGGUUGGAGGCAUAUGGAUCCUUGCAUUCUUGGCAAUAUCGUCAGGGAUAGUGUACGGAUACUACGCGAUGAUUCUAAAAGUGGAUGAAGAAGAUUUCGGAGGCCAUACGGCCUUGCUCCAGGAUGGCCUAUUCGCAUCUUUGACUCUCUUUCUGCUCGUGUGGAUUCUUGUCUAUAGCUUGGCACACUUCUGAUAAAAGUUACCAACCAUGUGACCAAUGCCAAAGGAGAUCAUCAUGAGCCAUUCUUUUGCCAGUUGCUACUGACAGUAUGUGUUAUUAGUACGGCGACUGAUGAUCUAUGUAUGUUUUUGUCUACAUCGUUGUAAUAAUCUUUUUCCUAUCUUCUAAAAUUUCUUGGCCACAAACGCUUCA